GCCAUGCCGAGCGAGAUCAAAGGGCUGGAGUUCUCUGAGGGCUUGGCCCAAGGCAAGAAGCAGCGCCUGAGCAAGAAGCUGAGGAGGAAGUUACAGAUGUGGCUGUGGUCACAGACCUUCUGCCCGGUGCUGUACGCGUGGAAUGACCUGGGCAGCCGCUUUUGGCCGCGCUACGUGAAGGUGGGCAGUUGCUUCAGCAAGCGCUCGUGCUCUGUGCCUGAGGGCAUGGUGUGUAAGCCGUCCAAGUCUGUGCACCUCACUGUGCUGCGGUGGCGCUGUCAGCGGCGCGGGGGUCAGCGCUGCGGCUGGAUUCCCAUCCAGUACCCCAUCAUUUCCGAGUGUAAGUGUUCCUGCUAG